AUGAAGUUUCUUUUGGCAAUUGUCGCCACGGUGCUAGUGCUAGCGAGCGUUGUUAGUGGUAUCUCGCUGAACGAAGUGGAACCACAACAUGGUUCAAACAGCUCUGAAAGCAGUUCACAAGAAGACAGCCCGAAUGUGUGCGAAGGAUUGCUCAUCGGCAUCCUGAAGCAUCCGUCGAGCUGCUUCAAGUACAUUUCCUGCUACCUCGAAACGGCCACCGAGCAGACCUGUCCACCGGAUACGAUCUUCGACCUUCAAGAGAUCACCUGCGUCCCCGGAAACCAGCGUACGUGUCGCAAGGAGGGGGAAGAGGUCCCACUGCCGGGUGAUAUGUGUCGUGGCAUCAUUCUCGGAACGAUGGCACACCCAGAGGAUUGCGCAAAGUAUGUGAGCUGCUUCCUUGGCCGCGCACGUGAACGCUCCUGUCGUCGUGGAUUCGUGUUCUCCGAGCGUCUGAUGAUCUGUUUGCCCGGAGAUCUGAACUCGUGCCAGGUGACGCUAGUGCCAACGACCACAACGAUCGCUCCGGAAGAUGUGCGUCCCAUUCCACUCGAUUACUGUCGCAGUAACAAUGUGUCCGUUGGGCUGCUACCGCAUCCGCAGUUCUGCACCCGUUAUGUCGCUUGCGCCCUUUGGAUCCCGAUCGAGCGGGAGUGUGAUCGGUUCCAGGUAUUCAGCGAGCGACUCUCGAUGUGUCUGCCUGGGAAUGUGAAUCGGUGUCGCCCCAUAUUUGGACUGAAGGACGCGGAAAUUGAAGCCUAA